ACGAGUACUGCGUUGUACGUGUUUUAGUUAACAAAAUUUAGCCGCAUUAAAAGCGACAGCGCGUGAAAUAUUCUAGUGCUUAUAGAUUGAUUACAUUUCGACAAAUUCUGGUUAUCAAAAAAUAUUAAGGCAAUAAAAUGGCUGAACGCGAUGCCGCAUCGAACCAACUCCACGACUAUAAGAACAAUCUGAAGGAAUCUCCAGGUGUGAUUUCGACUGGCGCCGGUGCUCCGAUUGGCAUUAAGGAUGCCACGCAAUCGGUGGGUCCUCGCGGCCCUCUACUGCUGCAGGAUGUGAACUUCCUGGACGAGAUGGCGCACUUCGAUCGCGAACGCAUUCCCGAGCGUGUCGUGCACGCCAAGGGCGCUGGUGCUUUCGGUUACUUCGAGGUGACCCACGACAUCACCCAAUACUGUGCCGCCAAGGUGUUCGAGAAGGUGAAGAAGCGCACUCCACUCGCUGUGCGUUUCUCCACGGUGGGUGGCGAAAGUGGUUCGGCUGAUACGGCACGUGAUCCUCGUGGAUUUGCUGUCAAGUUCUAUACCGAUGAUGGUGUUUGGGAUUUGGUGGGCAACAACACUCCCAUUUUCUUCAUUCGUGAUCCCAUUCUGUUCCCCAGCUUCAUUCACACCCAGAAGCGUAAUCCGACAACGCAUUUGAAGGAUGCCGAUAUGUUCUGGGACUUUUUGACGCUGCGUCCCGAGUCGACGCAUCAGGUGUCGUUCCUGUUCGGUGAUCGUGGCACUCCCGAUGGUUAUUGCCACAUGAAUGGUUACGGUUCGCACACCUUUAAGUUGGUGAAUGCUAAGGGCGAGCCCAUCUAUGCCAAGUUCCACUUCAAGACGGAUCAGGGCAUUAAGAACUUGGAUGUGAAGACCGCUGCGGAUUUGGCUUCAUCGGAUCCCGAUUAUAGCAUUCGUGAUCUGUACAAUCGCAUCAAGAACUGCAAAUUCCCCAGCUGGACACUGAAGAUUCAGGUGAUGACCUUUGAGCAGGCCAAGAAGUUCAAGUACAAUCCAUUCGAUGUGACCAAGGUGUGGUCCCACAAGGAAUUCCCCUUGAUUCCCGUGGGCAAAAUGGUGCUCGAUCGCAAUCCCACGAAUUACUUUGCCGAGGUCGAACAGAUUGCGUUCAGUCCGGCUCACAUGGUGCCUGGCAUUGAGCCAUCGCCCGAUAAGAUGUUGCAGGGUCGCCUGUUCUCCUACUCGGACACGCAUCGUCAUCGUCUGGGACCCAAUUAUCUGCAGAUCCCCGUCAAUUGCCCAUACCGCGUGAAGGUCACAAACUUCCAACGCGAUGGCUUCAUGAAUGUCACCGACAAUCAAGGCGGUGCUCCCAACUAUUUCCCCAACUCCUUCAAUGGACCCCAGGAGUGCCCACGUGCUCGUGCCUUGUCCACCUGUUGCCCGGUGACCGGCGAUGUCUAUCGCUAUAGCAGCGGCGAUACCGAGGAUAACUAUGGCCAGGUCACCGAUUUCUGGGUGCAUGUGCUUGACAAUUGCGCUAAGAAGCGACUCGUUCAGAAUAUUGCCGACAAUCUGAGCAAUGCCAGCCAGUUCUUGCAGGAGCGUGCCGUCAAGAACUUUACAUUGGUUCAUGCCGAUUUCGGGCGCAUGCUUACCGAGGCCCUCAAUCUGAUUAAAUCGUCCAAAUUUUAAUUGAUGUAACACCCAGUGGGUUUUGCUUAAUUCAUUGCUGAAGAGUACAGCUUAUUGCACUUUAUAAUCCAUAUUCCCACUGAACCUCUUUUGGUUGCGGGCAAUUUUUUGUGGUACUUUAAUGCUCCUUUUCCUCCAUGUGCGUGUGCCUUGUUUUACAAAUGCUAAAUUGUAGUAGCUCUAAAUAAAACACAUUCAUAUUGUAUGUUAUCGAUUUGUAAUAAAUCUUAAUCUUUUUGAUAUACGAA